GAAAAAAAAAAAGACGGAAACUACGAAGCAAAGUUCUUCGACGCAGCUGCUGCCUAGAGAUAUCACCGGCUAUCUCCAAUUCUCCAUCAGUCAGAGACUCCAUCUGAAAUUGCAAUGGAGACGGAAACUAGUUUGGGCGCCCUACCGGUAGAUUGUCUUGCUAACAUUCUGUCCUUGACUACCCCCAGACAAGCUUGCAGCCUUUCGCUGGUCGCGUCCUUCUUCCGCUCAGCCGCAUUUUCCGGCGCCGUCUGGGAGCGCUUCCUGCCACCCGAUCACCGUGAAAUCAUUUCCCAGUCUCCUAACGCCGCCGAUUUUCUCACAUCUCUCUCUAAGAGGGAUCUCUACUUCCGUCUCUGUGACUUCCCUGUCCUACUCGACGGUGAUACCAAGAGUUUUUCACUGGAGAAAAAGAGUGGGAAGAAAUGCUAUAUGAUAGCUGCCAGGGCCCUUAAUAUUGUGUGGAUGGACACACCUGGAUACUGGCAAUGGAUCUCUCUCCCACAUUCCAGAUUUGUGAAACUGGCAUUACCAAUCAGAAUUCGUCAAAGUCUAUCAUUUUUAAUGAGGGGUGUAGUAUAUGUUUAAAACAUCUCCAACCAGCAAAAGUUCAAAGGUGUCCAUGAAGGUUGACUGUAAAGUUCCCACAUCACCAGAAGUUGAAUUAAGCUCAUGAGGUCUAUGUGAGUCCCAAUUUAGUUCCACAUCUGGUCCCUCUUGAGCGUGUUGGUGACUUGGGAUGUUUUUACUUGGUCUGGUCUGGUAAGUGUCUGGUUGGUAAGUGUCUGGUCUCUGUGUAUUUUAUAAUUAUGAAAGUUUGUUUAUGUUUGAUCUGGUAUGGUGUGGUUUGUUUAAGUCUGGUUUGGUCUGGUCUGGUCUGAGACUUAAAUCAGUCCAAGUAAAAACAUCCUCGGUGCAAAAGAAACUAAUCUUCCAAUUUGGUUGAAAGCCAACACUCAUGGGCCAAUAUUUGACUCGCACAGUCUGUCAGUCCUUUCACAAAAGUACAUUCUGUCAUUGUUUCUUUGAUAAUAGUUGGUAAAAAUAGAAUAUAAAGAGUAUUCCCCUUGGUGAUGUAUGGUGUAAAGGGCUGGACUAGAAAUACUAUUUGAAGUUAGGUUUACACUUUCCACCAUUUCUGUGUGAAAAAUGAAAGCACUAGAGAUUGCCAAGGCAUACUUCAACUACGCAAAAAUGAGUGUUCAUGGAAAGUUUAUUUAUGCCCCCAAACUAUGUAGUCCAAAUUGAAUAAAGAAGCCAUCUUCUUAUCAAGUAGGUUGAAUUUCGUUAAAUUAUAGGAUUUAUAGCCAGAGUUGAUAAUUAUUAUACCUUACGUCCUAACGAGAAAUUAAAAGUUAGAUCUCGUAGAGUGACUCUUUCAGGACAAAGGUACUUAUUGUAGUAUAUGUUUAGUAUUUGUUGCUUCUGGAACCACAUAAAUACAUAAUAUAGAUGCAAAUUUUAGUCUGAGACCUUAUGUAUGUUCAAUGAAUAAUAAAUCAUAGUUUAUUUUACUUUCUUUUGAUUCACUGUAUAAUCUGCUCACAUAUUGUGAUGGCUCAUGGCUGCAUCUGAUUUUCUUUUCUCGUGGGUAGAAUCAACAAUAUUAAACUUACCUGAGAAUGUUGGGUAUGCAUUAUUAUAUUUGUACAUUUGCUUGAUUAUAAAUUUGUGAAACAACAUGGACCAGGCAUGAGGGCUCCUACUUAUCAUGAACUUCCUGCAUCUCAUAAAAGAAGUAGAACAUGUGAAGGGGCAUUUUAAACCGUAUAAGGAUAUUUGCAAGCGAUAUGGUUGUUCAUUUAUACUUCGUAUUUUUUUUAUAAGCAUUGCUUUUUGUGGGAAUGCUGCGAUUUGCUUACCACUUUUGCUAUUAAGCAAAGCCUCAUCUCAUAUCUUUUGUGCGCUUUUUUCUCUAAAAAAGUUUGUCAGUUUUUGGUAAAAAAAAUUGGCAGAUAAAGUUGAUAAUGUGAAAAUAAGGGUCACCAAAUGGGUUCUAAAUGUGAAUGAUAUCUCUGCUUUUUCUAUGAAUGAAUUAACAGGUUUCCCGAAGUGGCCGAGCUUCUGGACGUCUGCUGGCUUGAAAUAUGUGGCAAGAUAAAAAGCACCCUUCUGUCUCCAAACACGAACUAUGCAGCAUACCUUGUCUUCGCAUUGCAACCAAGAACGUACGGCUUUCAUCACAAGCUAGUUGAUGCUUCCAUUGACAUUAUUGGUGGAUAUGGACAAGCCAAAAAACAGACUGUUUAUUUGAGCACCCAAGUAGAGAGGGAAACUCAUCCACUGUUUGCACCUAGGGAGUUUAUGAAUGCUGUUGAUGGGGAAGAGAAGGCUGCUAGGUUGCCGAAGAUGAGAAGUGAUGAAUGGAUGGAAGUUGAGCUGGGAGAGUUUUUUGUCACAGAUGGGGAGGACAGAGGUGAUAUUUGUGUGAGCUUGAGGGAGGUAAGAGGUCACUGGAAGAGGGGUUUGAUUAUUGAAGGGAUCGAGUUUCGGCCCAAGGAGGAGACGGAUAAAUAAAUAGGUGUAAUUACAAUCUUUUAAUUGAAGCUGUACAUGUUUUUAGUUUUUUAUGAAUGUUUUAUUAAAAAAAAACAUGUAUUAAAUACUCUUCCCGUCCCCCCCCCCCCCCCUAAAAAAAAAAAAAAACUCUUCCCAUCAAAUUCCUAGUUUCCCGUCAAUCAUGGUAUUAAGGGCCAAUUCGUCUUCAUGAUAUAUCUACACAAGUUGUGUGCAAAUAUUGUGCAAGUUUGGUGCAAAUGUUGUGCAAUUAAUCUUUAUAUGUGGUAGUAUUUAA